CAAUCUCUCGCCGUCAAGGUUACAUUUAUCGCCGCCGCUGAGACCGCCACCUAAGGGCCGUCUCCUCCGCAAUCUCUAACCGAAACUCUCUCAUCUCCUGGUAAGCUCGAUUUUCUUAUCAAUUCGAUCUCAUAUGAUGUCGAUCUGUUUCUACUGAAGCUAAAUCUUGCGAAAUCGAUCUUUGUUUUGUUCUGAGAUUUAGGGUUUCACGAAUUUGUAUUCUAGGGCUUUUCUCGAUUAAUCAUUUCUAUUGUUAUUUGUUCUUAUUGGUUCUUAUGCUUUUGGGUACAGAAAGAUAUCGACUUUUUGUUGACUCUGUAUGCAAAUUUGUCAAAAGACAAAACUUUGUAACAGUUUACUCUCUUUCGUGCUUGUGUUUAUGUAUGAACAAUAGCUUCGCUAUUGGGAUUGUUGAUUUCACCACACUUGAUUAAGUAUGUACAUACUAUUGAAAAUGUUAUAGUUCGUUAAAAUGUGCAAUCUUCGAAUUUCUCUAGCGUCCAUUGUUCAUGUUGGUGUGUUUAUGUUGAUAUACUCACCCACACACACAUCAAUGAUAUGCAUUGUACAUAAUGCAUUUUGUUGUUGUCUCUUUAAGAUUUUAGCUAUUGAGGAUCGAUUAGGGGAAGUAGCUCUUUUCCUUUCCUUUUCUGGUGAAUACUAAUGAUGCAAAGCUUGAAUCUAAUCCCUGUAUUAUUUUGUGCUGCAGAGACAGAUAGCUAAUUUGAUUGAGUUUGGUUACUUGCAAGUGCAAAUAUGUCGGUCACAGCGGGAGUGAGUGAAUCUGCAAUUGCUGUAAGGGAGAAACUAAAAGGUGGUAUUGGACAGACUAAAGUAAGAAGGUAUUGGCCAGGAAAAGCUCCGGAGUGGGCUGAGGAAGCUGAAGAAGAUGAUGAUGUUAGGAUGCAGAAGUUUUCUGUUUUGGAUAGAGCUUUUCCAAAGAAUGAUGAUUUGGGUGUUGCUAGGAAGGAUGAUCCAAGGCUGCGGCGUUUAGCUCAGACUAAAGUUGAAAACCGUGACGAAGUUAGAGCUGAUCAUCGGCGUAUUAGACAGGCUGAGAUUAUAUCUACGGAAGAAGAAGAAUCGAGGAAUCAAGAGAAUAGAGACGAGGAUGAUGAUGAAGAUGCCUUGGAAGAAAGAAGAAGAAGAAUUAAGGAGAAGAAUCUUAGACGAGCACAAGAGGAGGCUGCUUUACUUCCUUUAGAAGAAGAAGAUGAGAUACAAGAGGAAGAAGAGGAGGAGGAGGAGUCUGAGUACGAGACUGAUUCGGAAGAUGAUAUGCCUGGUAUUGCCUUGAUUAAGCCUGUUUUUGUACCGAAAGCUGAGAGAGAUACAAUUGCAGAGCGAGAGAGGCUUGAGGCUGAAGAAGAAGCUCUUGAGGAAUUAGCAAAGAGAAAAUUGGAGCAAAGAAAAAUAGAGACAAAGCAAAUUGUGGUUGAGGAAGUUAGGAAAGAUGAAGAGAUACGGAAGAACAUACUAUUGGAGGAAGCUAAUAUUGGAGAUGUGGAAACUGAUGACGAACUCAAUGAAGCUGAGGAGUAUGAAGUUUGGAAGACACGAGAGAUUGGUAGGAUCAAGAGAGAAAGAGAUGCAAGGGAAGCUAUGCUGAGAGAGAGGGAAGAAAUAGAGAAGUUGAGGAAUAUGACAGAGCAGGAGAGGAGAGAUUGGGAGAGGAAGAAUCCGAAACCUUCUUCAGCUCAACCGAAAAAGAAAUGGAACUUUAUGCAGAAAUAUUACCAUAAGGGUGCCUUCUUCCAGGCAGAUCCUGAUGAUGAGGCAGGUUCUGCUGGAACCGAUGGUAUAUUUCAGCGCGACUUCUCUGCUCCAACCGGAGAAGAUAGGUUGGACAAAUCGAUUCUCCCCAAAGUUAUGCAAGUCAAGCACUUUGGUCGUAGUGGAAGAACUAAAUGGACUCACCUUGUCAAUGAAGACACAACAGAUUGGAGUAACCCGUGGACUUCCAAUGAUCCUCUACGUGAAAAAUACAACAAGAAAAUGGCAGGCAUGGAUGCUCCAAUCGCAAAACCAAAAGGGAGCAAGAAGAUGAAAGAUUGGGAGACUUAAACCGCACCAACAUUUACUUUGUUUGUUUUUAAAAUCCAAUGAUGCAGCAGUGGUAUGUGGUAGUAAAAAAACAUCGUAACAUCUUACUCAGUUAUGUCUCUGAGUCCUCUAAAUCCUAGUAAUUAAAAAUAUUGCUCAAAAGAAUGAAGACCUAACAUAAUUCAUUAUAUACUUAAAAACUUCAUUGCA